GCUCCGCCGGCGCAGCCACACAAUAAACGGUAACGGCCGGAGCGCGAGCGGGAGCUGGACUGGGAUCAAGAUCCGGCUCAGAGCCUGACCCCUCCUCCCCGGCACUGGGACAGGGACAGCAGCGCGUGAGGGGCCGCCUGCCCCCAACCCCACUCCCGUACACACAGGGACCGACGGACGGACCGACGGACGCACGGUAAAAUGUGGACUGUUUCUCAUUUCUUGAGAAUCUGCUGUCAACGAAGGCGGACGUGGAUGAUGAAAUGCAUUACUGCCUUAAUGUGCCAACUCUGCCUUUGGUCAACUGAGGAAAAGAUUAUUUGAAGACCAACAUUCCAAUUCUGAGACUGCAGUUAUAAUUUAUUCUCUGGGCAGCAGUGACCCUAUAUGCUUCAGAGAUUUAGAGAACGUGCAAGACGCAUCUCAAAACAAUGUAUUAGUACUACUAAGUGCCUUCACAAGAUCCUUCAAAUUCCGUGCCAAGAAAGAUGGAUCAGACCUCUGAUGAAGAUGUGGACCAUGCUGCAGAGGAGGACAGUGAUAAGGAGGACCAGGACUUGGAUAAGAUGUUUGGUGCCUGGCUCGGUGAGCUUGACAAACUCACUCAGAGUUUGGAUACCGGGAAACCUGAAGAUGUGAAAAAAUCCCCACUUCGGCAAGAAACCAAUCUUGCAAACUUUUCUUAUCGCUUCUCAAUGUACAACUUGAAUGAGGCUUUGAGCCAAGGAGAUGGAGUGGAUUUGGAUGCCCUCAUGGCCGAUCUCUGCUCUAUGGAACAGGAACUCAGUAACAUCAGCAAAGAACCUUCCAGACAUGACAGUGUUGUGAAAAAAUCUCUCAAAGAUGAAGUACCUGCUAAGAUGCCCAAUAAAGAAGCCAAAUCUGCUCAGAAGCAAUCUGCCACUCGAGCAUCCUCUAAGCAGGGCAGCUUGAAGGGUUCUUCUUCAGUGAGAAGUCCAAAAACUUUGCAAACCAACCUUUCACUGGAUGACAUUACUGCCCAACUGGAACAAGCUUCCCUUAGUAUGGAUGAAGCAGCACGGCAGACCAGUACCAUGACAUAUGAUACAAAACCCUCUCUGCCCAAUCAGCACAGAAGAACAGGAUCAGCUGGAACAGUUAGUGAUGCAGACAUCCGCUCAAACAGUACCUCAUCUAGAUCAAGUGUUACUUCUGCCACGUCUAGCCAGGAUUCUUUGGACAUUGACAAGGUUGCCCGCCCUCAGGAUCUUGAUUUGAAUCAACAAGGUCAACCCACAACAGAGCAUGCUUCCUCAAGUCGUCACAAUAAACAGGUCAGACGCCAUCUUGACUUUGUGGAGGAAGACUUGGACAUGAGGACUGAGGAGCAGGCUGCCAGGCAGAAGGCAGAAAAAAUCAGGGUGGCAUUGGAAAAGAUCAAAGAGGCACAAAUCAAAAAGCUGGUGAUACGGGUCCACAUGUCUGAUGAGAGCUCCAAAACAAUGAUGGUCGAUGAAAGACAAACAGUCAAGCAGGUUCUGGACAAUCUCAUGGAUAAAUCCCACUGUGGAUUUAGCCCAGACUGGUCAUUGGUGGAGACAAUCCCAGAACUUCAAAUGGAGAGAAUCUUUGAAGAUCAUGAAAAUCUGGUAGAGAACUUGCUGAACUGGACUCGAGAUAGUCAUAAUAAACUCAUGUUUACUGAACGCAUUGAGAAAUAUGCACUUUUUAAAAAUCCACAGAAUUAUCUGCUGGGGAAGAGGGAGAAUUUUGAGAUGGGAGACCGAAAUAAGGAAGCUUUACUAGAGGAGUUUUUCUGUGGAAGUUCUGUGACUGUUCCAGAGAUUGAGGGAUUGCUUUGGCUGAAAGAGGAUGGCAAGAAAUCCUGGAAGAAGCGCUACUUCCUGCUCAGAGCUUCUGGAAUAUAUUAUGUCCCUAAGGGCAAGACAAAGACCUCUCGCGACCUGGCUUGUUUCAUUCAGCUGGACCACGUGAAUGUGUAUUAUGGCCAGGAUUACCGCAGUAAAUACAAGGCUCCCACGGACUACUGCUGCGCUCUCAAGCACCCUCAGAUCCAGAAGAAAUCUCAGUACAUCAAGUAUCUCUGCUGUGAUGAUGUCAGAACUCUUCAUCAGUGGGUGAAUGGCAUUCGCAUUGCCAAGUACGGGAAACAACUAUAUGACAACUACCAGGAUGCUGUGAAACGAGCUGAAGCAGCAUAUGAAUGGUCAUCCCUGUCCAGUGCCAGUAUGAAAUCUGGGUCUAGUUCUUCCAGUUUGCCAGAAUCCCAUUCAAACCAUUCGAACCAGUCGGACAGUGGCGUUUCUGACUUACAGUCUACAGGUCAUGUUCGCUCCCAAAGUAUCGUCAGCUCCAUUUUUUCAGAGGCUUGGAAAAGAGGCACACAACUGGAGGAGCAACAGCAGCACUCCAAACUCAGGACGGACUCUGUCAGAUCCUACUCUUCAUCAAUAGCACCAACUCUCCCUCAGGCCAGGAUCAGUGUGCCGCAUGUAGCACCACAGCCUUCUCCUCCACCCCCACCACCACCUCCACCCCCUCCUGCUGCACCCUUUAACAAAUACAGCACCAUUAGCAGACAGACAAGCAAACAGCCAGCCCCAUAUACCUUUGUUAAUCAGCCAGCUGUGAGUCAGCAGGCUAUCCCACCAGCCCCACCCUCACAGCUGAUGAAGCCACAGUUGCUGGUUGAAAGUGACAGGCAAAGUGUUCCUUUGCCUGUUCCCUCUACUCCACCACCCCCGCCACCCAUUCAAACAAUCCCUGCUGUGGCUGCACUGAAACCCGAACCAUCCAGUCUUUCCCCCAUUCUACCUGCCUUCACCCCACCUCCUCCUCCACAGAAAUUACUACAGCAAAAUAUUCCAGCCGUUGUGCAGCCCUUGGUUAUUCCUCCUCCUCCUCCUCCACCACCCCCUCCACCACCACCACCUCCGCCGCCAGCUUUGUUACAGGCCAUUGUCCCGAAAAAGAUAGGAGCAUCAUUUGGGGCCUCUGUAAGUCAUCCACCUCAAACAGCUCCCAAACCAGCAGUGCCUAGUGUUGUUCAGGUGGACCCUCUUCCAACACCACCCCCUCCCCCAACCCCUCCUGCAACAUCAGCAAAGCCACCCAAGUUCUCAGUUGCACAGAUCCCACUGCCACCGCCCUCUCUUCCUUCAUCCCCUCAUUCACCUGCACCAAAGCAAUUGGGUGGAGCUACAGACCAAGUGCCCAUUCCUCCACCUCCAACAGUUUCAAUUGUAAAACAGUCCAUUAACCAGUUCCAGACUCCUCCACCACCUCCAAAGCCGCCAGCAACCUCCCUUCAAGCUCCCAUGUCACCCCCAGCCGUGAAAGCAAAACCUAAAUGGCAGCCUAGUUCUCUCCCAUCACCAGAGUUUCCUCCUCCACCUCCUGAAAGCAGUUUACCCCAACCUCCCCCACCUACCCCCACUCCUCCUCCUACUCCAGUCAAAUCAGCUUCAGUCAAAAAACCAAAAAAAACAUCCAGUCCCGGUGCUAAGAAGCCACCUCCCACACCCCAGCGGCAUUCCAGCAUAAAAGGAUCCAGUUGUGCAGAUAUGAAGGAGUCCAGAAAACCCGUGGAACCUCUCAGCAACAAGUUUGAACAACCAACUGUUUUCUUAGCCUCUCCAGCAACAGAUGCUACCACUUUACCACCUGCUCCCUCUAAGCCUGGCAAAUUAAAUUUGGCUGCAGUAAAUUUGAUGUUCCCACUUGGAGGGCAGCCAGGAAAAGGACCAGUAGGUCCAACUGCUUCAAAGGAGCCUGUGUCAGAGUUUCCCUCGCCGCCUUCAGAUUCAGACUUCCCACCCCCACCUCCAGAUUUAGACCUUCUACCCCCUCCUCCAAUGGAGAUGGCAGCUUCUGCUGGUUUCUCCAAUGCUGUUCCACCUAAAGUAGCCGUGGUAAACCCUCAGCCGCAAACAUGGUCCAAAUCAUCUACAAAGAAGGCGCCACCACCAGUACUUCCCAAAAGGAGCGACAGCACCCGCUUGACACAAGGAGAAUCCACAGAACCCCAGGCUUCUCCCAUCAAUCCAGUACCAGUGUCUCCUAAACCAGCCUUGUCUGUACAGCCGCAUUUUCUGGCUGACCUCAAUAGGACUCUGCAAAGAAAGUCUUUUACCCGACAUAGCUCAGUUACCUCUGCACGUGUAUCCAAAGCAGAGCCCAUCACAACCAUGGACGAUAUGGUGCUUCCUCCCCCUCCUCCUGAAUUGCUUUUUGACCAAGAAUCCACUGGCACGUAUGCAUCUGGCAACAUCUCAGGCUAUGCAACAUUACGGCGUGGACCACCUCCAGCUCCACCCAAACGGGGAGACAACACCAAGUUGAGUCGGGAUUGUUGAUGACCCAGCUGCCAAUGUGCUGUUUACAUGCUGCUCCAUAUAUACACAACUGCAAUAUUCAGAGCGAUAUUAAUUGCCUUUCUUAAAACUCUGGCUGCAUACAUCUUCAACAAAAUUAGAUCACAUUAUUCCUUGUAGAAAUCCUCAUUCUUGGAUCAGUGAAGUGUUGUGUUUCACUUGUAAAGUCGAAUCACUCAAAUUGUGUAAAUAUAGAUGCUUUUGGCAUAUAACGAGACCUGGUGUGGGGUAGGGGUCUGGAAUGUGUGGUUUAUCUGACAGUUUCCCAUUUAGUACCGGGGUGGAGGGGGUGGUUGAGGUGGACCCAGAGAAAAGAACUGCUUUCCUUCCACUUAGAUUAAAUGUCAUUGUGAUUUCAUUUUGAAGUUUUGUCUUUGAAAGACUUAAUUGGCACCUUCCCAGUGUGAUUACUGGCAGUUUUUUGUGUUUUAGGGAGCUGGGACUAGAAAUAGGAUUGUGAUCAGUUGGGCAAAGGACUGUCAAUUUUCUGCAUUCUGUUGGUUUAACACUUGAGUGUUCCUCAUGGAAAUAAACCCUACAGAAUGCUAACUGAUCAGAGUUUGGGAAUUCUCAAAUGUUUCGAUUGAAAUGCAGAAUGGUAUAACACUACAAUCUACGAUGUGGCAAUUUUUCUGGAAAUUGUUAAUCAGUCCUCUGGUGAUUGUUGAUUUUGGGUCAAAUAGCAAAGCCAUUUGAGUUAUCCAACUAUGCUCGAGCCUUCGACUUUAGUGCAAAUAUAUGGUCCACCAUUAAACUAAUAAAAGUUGGAGUUACAUAA